CGGGGCGGUGCCGAGAGCGGCGGCGGCGGCGGCGGCGGCGCGGGGCCAUGGUGAAGAUCGGCGUCCAGCAGCCGCCCGCGGCGCUCAAGCCCGAGCAGGAGAAGGAGAAGGCGGCGGGGGGCGAUGGGGCGGCGGGCGCCGUGCUGCUGCCGCCGGGCGCCGAGGAGCAGGCUCCUGCGGUGCAGAGCCGGAGGUCGUCGCUCAGCGGGGUAUGCUACUUGACCAUGGGUCUCCUCGUACUGCUCCUCGGCUUGGUCUUCGCUUCGAUGUAUGUCUACAGAUACUUCUUCAUCACCCAGCUUCCCCGUGAGAGCGUGUUUCACUGCGGCGUCCUUUACGAAGACUCGCUGUACUCCCCAUUCAAGGGGCAGCUGGAGCUGCACGAAGACGUCAAGAUUUACAUUGAGGAGAACUAUGAGCAAAUCAAUGUCCCGGUGCCGCAGUUCGGAGGGAGCGACCCUGCAGAUAUCAUCCAUGAUUUCCAGAGAGGUCUGACAGCUUAUCAUGACAUAACGCUGGAUAAAUGCUACGUCAUCGAGCUGAACACCACUAUCGUGAUGCCUCCACGCAACCUGUGGGAGCUGCUGGUUAACGUGAAGAAGGGGACGUACCUGCCUCAGACGUACAUCAUCCAGGAGGAGAUGAUCGCAACGGAGCACGUCCAUGACAUGGAGCAGCUCGGCUCCUUCAUCUACCGCCUCUGCAGUGGCAAGGAGACCUACAGGCUGAAGCGGAGGAGCGCCAGGAGACGUAUCAGUCGACGUGAGGCUGGGAACUGUCAUCGUAUUCGUCACUUUGAAAACACUUUUGUGGUUGAAACUGUUAUCUGCAAAAAAUCAUGAGGCUGCUGUCCUGUUGUAACCUUCCUUGGCUUUGCUUGCACAUACAUGCUCUCAGCCCUCUUUUAGACAUGGUAAUGUGUCUUACUUUAUUUUUAUUUUUAUUUUUAUUUUUAUUUUUACUCCUUCCCUUGCUUGUGAAGCUCUAACCUCUUGGGUCCAUCGUGGCCUCACAGCUGAUUAUCUUUUUCUCCCUCCUGCCUACCUGAGACGUUUUGCUGGGCUUAAAUUUACACAGUGGUCACAGAUAGCCUGGGAGUGAACGCAGCCUCAUCCAUGCCACAGGACAGAAAUCUCUUUUGGGAGCAGGCUUGGGGUAGAAGGGAUGGCCAAGAAAUAGGAUGCUGGAAACAGGUGCUCUUUUCCUGGAUGAGCAAUUUCCUGCUGGUAGUGUUCUGAACCUGCCUUGGCACCAGGACAGAAGGUGUGUGACAGGAGGAGGGCUACCAGUUUGAUGCUGAUGUAACUACCAGGAAUAUGGAAUCAGAUGCCCUUAGGGAGAGAACAGAUGUGAGGCUACAAACAGUGACUCAGAAAACUCAGCAGAGGGGGAUUUCUGCCUAAACCGUGCUGUGGUGCUCCCAGCUUGCUGCUUGCUGUUCUCCUGAAGGCCAGGUUAUCAAACAGAGAAAGCAGCCUGUACGUGUUGCCCCUGUGAGUACUCCUCGCCACGUGGCAGUCUGCUCCUGAGCCUGGCGUGGCUUGGCACAGCCCUCGGAGCAGCGUGGGGUGCCCUCGGGUGAGCCCCUGGAGGGUGGGUACGCGGUGCUGAUGUGGGGUGGCAACAACAUGGCGAUCAUAGCGCUGCUUGGGGGCCACAGAGCAGGGAGGCUGCGUAGCCACAUUCAAGGCUGCAUAGCCUUACUCUGCCUCUUUGUAGAAGAGGCUGCCAUGCCUGUGUGCAAAGGGGUGUCAGCAGCAGGAUUGGUAGUUACUGGUGAGUACAGAAGCAGAUUUUUUUGUUUGUGUUGAGAGAGAGUUUUCUUGUAUAACUCCUCCAAUGAAAGCUGUUUUGAUAGUAAUUCCUGUAGCCCUACUGUAUGUCACAUCAUCUGAGGGCACCGUUGUGGUACAGAUAUUGAUACAAGGCAAGAUUCAGUGCAUUGAUAUACUGCAGAGAAAUUGUGUGAACAAAAUUGCAUUUCUAUUGAUCAUUGGAGAGAAGAAUUGUAGAGUAAUUAAAUAUUCUUCCCUCUGAUCCAUAAAUAUAGUUAAAACUAAUUAGGUUCUUAAAAUGCAGGCAGUUUUUUGGCUUGAAAGAACAGCAUGAAGUUCAGCUUGGCACAUUCUUGUUAAUUGGUUUCCAGCAAAUCUGGACUUGUUCAUCUGUUGAAAUGAGCUUGUUGUUUUAGAAAGAGGAAGGAUAAAGUAAAUGCAAGUACAAUCAUUAAUUCAGCAGGACCAAAAAGUGAAUAUAUUUUAGAGUAAAACUUUUAAUAGUAAUACUGUGAGCUAGUUACUUGAAAACAAAACAGUAUCUCAAAAUAGUCAUCUAAAACAAUAGGAAUUAGUAUGUCCUUAGAGGCUGAGAAUUUAUUUUUUCGUAUAAAUGUAGAGUCAACCAUAAAUAUUAAAUUUUAACAGGUAGAGGAGGAGAUGUUGGUCUCCUGCUUUAAGCUGGAUGUAAAACGAAGAACUGCAUGUACUUCAUGCAGGUUGGUAAGGAAAGUUUCCUACUGCCAGAGGGUAUUUGCUUUUCUAUAGUACAGCUGUGUUUUUCCAAAUAUAACUUGCUAUCAGCCCUAGCCUUUCCUUGCGAAGUGGAUGACAAGCAAGUCAGAGAAUUGGUUUGCUUGGUGGAAGUACCACAAACUGGUAAAUUUAAGCCCUGUGUUUCUCUUUGUUUCUGGGCACCUAAGCCUGCACUCAGGUGAGCACACAGACCUUUUCCCCCUUCCUUCUGAUUCUGCAUGAAUUAACUGGUCAUUGAAUAUGCUAACUCUGUGCAACCCCGCAGCUGUAAGGACAAGCCCUGGUUCUUUAAGAUGAACUGACAUGUUUGCUGUUUCAUAGGGUGAGAAUGCAGUUGUCUAGAAAGAAAACACAAAAUGCUUUGUAUAUUUUGUCUGGUAGGACUCUUACCUCUUAGGAAACAUCCAUGGGAUAAUAAAAUCUUUUACCUCUGA